AUGGCGAUCCUUAUCCUGACUUCGUUAGUUGCUUUAUGCGUUGUAGUGGUGACAGUUUUCAAGGCCGUCACCAGAGCUCACGCAUCUCCUCUGUCUCGUAUCCCUAAUGCCGGUUGGGGAGCAGGCUAUUCGAGGUUGAUCUGGGCUUUUCGUCAGGAAUACCGAGGCAACGUCACUCUUGAACUUCCAAAAUUGCAUGAGACCCUAGGCCCUCUUAUCCGAAUUGGCCCCAAUGAGCUGUCGUUCUACUCCAUCGACAUCUAUGAUACAGUCCAUAAAGUCAACGGCGGAUUCGUAAAGGAUCCCCGAAACUAUGGCGAAUUCGUCCAAGAUGAACACCCCGCACUCUUCUCUAUCACAGAUAUUCAAGAGCAUGCCAAGAGGCGGAGAAUCCUUGGCCAACUCUUCAGCCGCAGUAAUAUCGAGAAGCUUGAAGGAUUGAUGCUUCACCACAUUGAAGAAUUCAUCUCGGCAGUUGGAAAAAGAAGUACCUCUUUUGAUGUAGGCCCUGCCUGCCGCGCCCUUGAGGCAGAUAUCAUAUGUGAGACCCAGGGUAUGACCCAGCUCUACGUUCACUAG